GUGUCAGAUGCGAUCAAAGAAUGAUGCUGUGAAACGUUGUCUCCACGUGAUCCGACGGUUCUUUCCGGGAACGGAUUUUGUGCAAGUAAGUUAUAAGAUGUAGCAAAUUCACAGCUUAUUCCGUUCCGAAAGUGAUCCUAACACGAGUGACCUCGUCCAUAGGAUGCAAGGCAGCCAUCAUAAUGCUGUGCGUUGCUCAACACGUGUAUGCUGUGGAAACAUGCAGUGCAUAUCUACACCCACAAUGUGUAUUGUGCAUGUUGGGAACGUGGGAGGGGUACGCCAAACUGGGUAUCGAAUAUGCCGCCCGUGCUAGUCGGAUGGGUGUCUUAUAGACGGGCGGUCGAUUACCAGUUGGCUUCCAAGAGACCCCAACAAUCACAAUGGAACGACCAAGGUUCAGAAGAUCAAGACGAAUGAGAAAUGCCGAAGACCAACCACGGCGAACCGCUGUCCCACCGCGAGCACGGCCUACCCCAACUCACCCCAAAGAGACAAACGUAAUACGAUUACCUGAAGGAAGUGGUCUGGGGAGAUUUACGCUGGAUGUUGGAGGACCUCUUGAUGCAGUGACGAGUGUCUGUUGGUCGAGAAGUGGAGAACAAAUGUUCUCAGGUUCUCGAGAUGGAACGAUCCGGGUUUGGUCGUCAGGGACCGGAGCCCAAGUCGCUCUCCUCCAGGGACACACGAACACAGUUCACGCCAUCGCAAUAUCUUUUGAUGGUCGCUUCAUUGCGAGCGCAUCCUCUGAUUGUACUGUUCGCCUAUGGAGCGUGCGUACCUAUGAAGCAGUCAGCCCGCCUUUCGAGCAUGCCGACGAACUCUAUUGCGUCACAUUCUCCCCUGACCGUAAGCGAGUCGCAUGUGGUGGGAAAGACACCAAGGUGUAUCUCUGGGAUAUCGAGCCAUACACUAAGCCAGACGCUAGUAUAAUGGAUAGCUGUGAACCAGCUCCGGAAUUGCCAUUGGCUCCCUCAGAUGAAGAUAUUCUUAACGAGCUCUUGAUACAGGAGGUCGCUGGCUUCCUUCCCCCGCUGGCGCUUCAGAAUGGAGUUCCACCUGAUCUGAAUGUUCCCUCAGCAUUUACUGAGAAUUGGCCCAGCAACGAGAUCAACAAUGCUCUCGAAGAUGCACCAAAGGACUCGAACCAGCCUAAGGAGUCUAUUGAAGUCCUUCCUAGUCCGGUACCUUCCUCAUCCUCAUCCAAGCAUCGCUUCUUGGAUAGACUACCACUCUUUCGUCGUCGAAACGAUGUCGAUAAUUGUAGUGCCACAAAUUCGUAGGUGUAUUUGUUACAUCAAAUGAACAAUCAUUCAUCAUUUUCAGGAUCCUGGCGAAAGGAUGAUGAUAUCUGAAUUUCUGACAUAUCCCAUAGAGAUUGUGACCCACAGACAGACCAAGUUUUGUUGACAGUAACAAUAUCGUUCGACUCCAAGCUCUGUAUCGAUGGUGAUCUUGUAUCAGUUCAACUGGUUACUUUACCUACCAUUAUUACUCCUCAAGGAAUAAUUGUCACGAUAUUCAGCCUAUUUCCACUUCGUUUUGCGUAUAUUUCCAUCAAGGAAGAACAUCAUGUUUUUUUCUCAAAUUUGCGUCGCUGCCAUGCCAUGCUAUACAGGAGUAUUGCAUAAUACUCUUGACAUUUUUCGCAGUUGCAUUGAGUGUUGCCGAACGCAGUCGACUCGAGCUCCAUGGAAC